AUGACAACAACAAAACAAUUGAAUAUCUCAUCUUUUCCUUUGGAUUGUAUAGUUGAAAUAUUAGAACAUCUCUACAAUGAUUCAAUUACUCCAAACUCACUUUAUUCUUGUCUCUUAACCAAUAGACAGUGGGCUAAACUUGCUGUACCAUUAAUUUGGAGGAGUCCUUUUGGAUAUAAAAUUAAAACCGUAAGAUGUGCUUACAUUAUCGAAACAUUGGUAUCGUGUUUAAAAGAUGAUGAAAAACAACGUUGGACUGAUUUGGGUUUCAAAAUUUCAAAAGACCGACCAAGACCAUUAUUUGAUUAUCCUACAUUUAUUAGAAGCGUAUGUACGCAUAGUAUUCAACUUUCUGUCACGAAUUGGCUAAGAAUUUUUCAAAAUAUCGAUUCUCCGUGCAAAAAAGAUAAGCUUGUAACGGCUAUCGAUCUUAUUAGUCAUUUGAUAUUUGGAAGUUCCCGUGGAUUGGAAUUUUUUAGAUGCGAUCAUGAUUUUAAUAUGAAAUAUAACAAAACUCAAUUUACAAUUUUACCUAACUUAGAAUUAUAUAACGGAAUUAAUGUUGCUUUAUCUAAUCUUAAGAUAUUUGAAACUCAAUGUUGGGAUGGAUUCGACCAGGAUUCGGGUAAUCUAUUGAUGUCGUAUAUCAACAGUAUAUCUCGUUAUUCUCAAAAUAUUAAACAUAUAAAAAUUUAUGUUUAUUUACGACUUCCAAAUUACAUUCCACUUUGUCAGUCAUUUGCCAAACUUAUUGAAGCACAAAAAUCUCUUUAUUCAAUUGAAUUAUGUGAAUGGUGGGAUCAUUCUAAAGCAAAUUUAAUUUAUACUGCUCUUCAAAGUCAAGCGCAUUCUUUGAAAUCAUUUCAUACCAAUAAUCUUAGACACAUUCGAAAACUAUUUCCAAUGUUAAGUGCUUGCGUGAAUUUAGAGGAUUUAUGCAUAACUAAUUAUUAUGAAAUCGAAGAUGUUUCUUCUCUUCUCAAAAAUUUCUCAUCUUUAUCAUCUAUCCAUAUUAAACAUUUGGAGGCUAGUUAUCAAUCUCAUUUUGAAGCUAAGCAAACUCAAUUUUCAGCAUUAAUUCAACUUUUAAUUCGUUUAUCAAAUCAAAAUUUGAAAUCUUUGAAAACAAAUUACAUGGAUUCAAAAAUCCUCGAAAAUGUUAGUCGAUUUUGUCCAAAGAUUAGUCAUCUUACUUUACAUGUUACCAAGGAAGAUUUCCCCAAUCUUUAUACUAAUUUGCCAAACAUGACUUCACUUGAGCAUUUAAUUUUGGUUUUUAUGACAUCUACCAGAGAAGGUUUAUCUUUAUUGGCUCAAAAACUUCCUACAAAUUUGAAACAUUUAGGAGUUAGAACUUCACCAUCUUUUUCCGUAUUUUUCAUGUUGAAAAAUCUUAAAGUACCAAUUGAAGUUUUAGAUAUUUAUAAUAAGAUUGACGGAGAACUGAUGAAGUAUAUUAUCGAAUUUGCCGAAAGAAUUGGAAAAUUAAUGAAAUUGGGAAUUGUGAAUAAAAAAAUAGUGUAUCAGAUUGAAGAAAGUGAGAGGGCAAAUGCAGUUAUUGAUAUUAUCGGGAAGCCUAAUUACAGAGAAUUUUGUUCUUUUGCAAGUUUGGUUAACGAGGAAUAUUAG